ACCAGACUCUAAAAAAAACUCUCCACUGAACUGAAUGCCUAUGUCCACCAGAGUGGAAAUAAGCAGCAGGGCAUGCACAUUCCCUCUUGCACACCAUGCCUGCACUUUAUCGGAUACUUCUACUGUUCUCUGUGGUAAUAGCCUCUAUGGCACUGCAGAGGCCCCCACGAACUAAGAGAGGGCUACUGGAGCUGGCAGGAGUCAUCAAGUGCAGCACAGGCAGAUCAGCCCUGGCUUAUAUGAUGUAUGGCUGRUACUGUGGACUGGGGGGUCAGGGCUGGCCCAGGGAUAAAGCAGACUGGUGCUGUCACAAACAUGACUGCUGCUACGGAGAUGCAGAAAUUGCUGGUUGCCGAACCAAGACAAGAAAGUAUCAAUGGACAUGUGAAGACAGGACUGCAGAAUGUGAUGAUCUCAAGGACAAAUGUGAGAAGAUUCUCUGCAAAUGCGACAGGGAGGCAGCCAAAUGCUUGAGGAAGGCACCUUUCAUACGGAAAUAUGCUAUGUGGCCAGACUUUCUCUGUGGGUGUACACUGCCAACAUGUAAUAUCUACUGAUUCAAUAAAUGUACACUUGUUGAUUUUUA